CAGAGCUCAAGCACGAGAUGACGGCCCGCGGGUCCUCGUACCCCCGAUCGCAUACCACUCGCGAGUACCGCGAUGGACGCAUCUAUGAAGAAAGGGCCCCCGCCGACGACAGCUCUCCCACCGAAGCUUUCUUUGAUGACGAGCACCGUUAUACCGAACCUCCCCGGCCUAUGUCGCGCAAACAUGAUGAAUACUUUGCCCGACCGCGCUCCCGCGCCACAGAGGACAAGAAGAAGACGAAACCUCCGUCAUCCAGUGCUGCCCGCGCUGCGAAAGAUAUGCGCGACACUACCAAAACCCGUUCCGAUCGGGCUAAAUACCGAACCAAGGAACGAAGACGGGAAGCUUCCGAGAAGUAUACUCAUCUAGAUUCCGAUACAUGCGACUCUGAAUCGGAUAUGUCGGAUACCGUUUAUGUCAAGCGACCGUCGCGGAACCGCGAGUCGAAGCACAGGUCAACUGAGUCAAUACGCCGAUCGGAAGAAGAUGACUUCCCUCGGGAGUAUAAGCAUGAGACACAGAUAACUGAUGCAUAUGAUUAUAUCCGUCGCUCCAAGGAAACCCUUGAUCCUGAACGACGACACCGACCUUCUCGCUCUCCUUUGCGCUAUGACUCCGCAGAGCCAGAAAUGUCUUCUUCUCGUUACUCUGGUCGAUCAAAACGUUCGAGUCGCGAACCUGUCCGUCCUCCCACAUCUCAUCGUGGCUCCGUGGAACAUCUAGAACCGAAUCAAGGCCGAGUCUACGAAAAGAUCCCCCCGCUACCAACCGCAGCGACUUUCCCUGGUCCCAAAGGCUCGUCGUCAUCACCACGACCUUCACAUGUGUCCUCAAGGCCGUCCACUGGCGUGCGCUCACAAUCUCGAUCCCAGCGGGAAGCCUCUCGCCGCUCUGAGGCGGUUCACUUGGGUAUGGGUAUCUUCCCAGAGGGGGUCUCGCGAACGACGAAAUUGAGAGGCGAAAAACCUGAUUCGGGCUACGGAAGCUCAAGUCCAACCCCUGAAGUUAUAACACCUGCAGAACCUUCUGCCAGAUCUACUCGCUACAAGACCGAGAUUAUUGAACCGUCCAUACAGCCACCACCGUUGAGACAUUCUAGGACAUAUUCGCCACCCCGCCAGGAACGGCGAGCGCCUGUGCGGAGUAGCACAUACGCUUACCCUCCCGCAGAGCCGAUCCGUGAGCCUAGUCGACGUCUCUACCGGGAAGUCGAUUCCCCACAUGUGAAAGAAAAGGAUGCCAAGCAUCGCGAGCCGAGACGACAGUCCGCAUAUUAAUCAUUGUACAUUGAGAUAAGGUUUUGGGAUCAACAGGACCUGUUUAUACCGUAACCAUCAACAUCUACAGUGACACG